GUAAGGUUGGGCGAAUUCUUUGCCUAAACAAACUAUCCGUUCUCACUGCUUCGCCUUAUCUUUAUCACUGCUAUCGACAUUCCUCAAUUCUCAUUAAUUAUCAAUAGUCAUAGUUGCUAGUGAAUGGGACUUGAGAAGGUUUAAAACUGCAUAUAAAAUUACAUAUUUUAAGAAAUAUAGUUUUGUAUCUACACGGCAUUUAAUAGAUUUAUUCACUAGAAAGAAUUGCGUAAUUUGUGCUACGACGUCCGUAAUUCAACUUUCCCUCUCGAGAAGAAAUCUCUUCUUAAAACUCCUUGAUACGUAAAUAACAAAUACAUUUUAUAGGUUGACAACUUGACCACUUAAUGCCAAUCUGCUACGUCUAAUGCUGGUGAGGCUCACUGAUACUGGACAGCCGUUUUGGCGUUCAAGCAAAAUGAGUUGCCUAGCUCCCAUAAAGAAAUGAAAGGAUGUAUUAGUAUGGAAAUGCGGUAAGACCAAAAUAUCUUAGUUUGGGCAAAGAAUUCCCCCAUCCUCACUUUUUCGUUCUCAUUGCAGAUCAUUAUUACAGUAUCAUUGAACUGUCGUCGUCCUCAAAGAACGUACGGUAACUUAAGAUAUAGAUUUCGAAGCAAUAGAACAAACUAGCACGCAAUAAAACAAACGAAAUAAGGGAGGAACUAAAAUUACAAAGAAGCGUGCUCGACAAAUUGCAUAUCUGGAUGAGAAAAAAUACGCCAAUGGAGGUAACAAUGAAGUCGAGUUAUCGAAAAUGAACUCAGCAAUAUUUUUAUGUAUAAAACUGUAAAUAAAAGAAAAAAAUAUUGUAACAAAGCAAAUGUGCUAGGAGGUGGUUACGAGAAUUGAAGUUCUUUCCCCCCGAGAGCGGUCUGAAUUAGAAAUAUACAAGCUGCCUUUUCGGUCAAAGGUGAAUUUUGGUUAGGAUGAGACAUUAUCGAAGAUGUUUAAUUUUGCUGAUGAACCAACCAGGGUUCUAGCACAUUAAGGGUUUUCGAUAUAUAGAAAAUACACUCCUAGCAUGCUGGCGUGAAUCCGAGAACUCAAGUUCCGAAAUCACUUUACGUGACUUUAAUAGACAGCAUGCCAAUUCAUCCGGCUCGAUAUGUGAAGGUACUGCCUCAUGGAUGAACAGUCGUUAGGAUCAAAUGGCUGAUGAUUUGACGGCUAGGGGUUUAAGGUGUCGGGUAACCAAGGGUUAAGGUUAAAAGGGGUUUGAGAUCCCAAGGGAUCAGGGUUUAAGGAACCAGGGACGAAGAAUUAUGGGUUCAAAAGGGCGGGGGACCAAAGACUUGAGCUUUUCAGAGCCUGACGGUCCAAGAGCGUGGGUCAUACUGUUCGGAGUUAAAAGGCGAGGCAGGUCCUAGGCGUGAGAGUACACAGGCUCGAGAGUUAAUAGGCGCAGAGACCCUGUGUGCAAGUGCCCUUGGGCGCGAGGAUCCAAGGGCAUGGGGUACAACGAUUUGCGGGUGAAAAAGCGAAACAGUCCUUUUCGUUGGGAUCCACGAACUCCGGUGUUAUAAUGUGUGGGACCAACAGUUCGGGGGUUAAAAGGCGUCAGAGGCCCUAAGUGUGAGGGACCAAGGACUCGGUGGACCAACGCUUUGAGGGUUAAAAGGCGUUAGAGGUCCUAUGCGCAAGGGUCCAAGGGCUCGGGGGACCAACAAUUUAUGAGUGUAAAGGCUGGGAUUUCCAACCAUACGGAAGGUUAAUAACGUGGGAGUCCCUGUGCGCGAGGGACCAAGGACUCGUGGGCUAAAAGGUGUAAAAGGCUCUGUGCACGAGGGACCAAAGACUCGUGGGUUAAAAGGUGUAAGCGAUCCUCUGUGCGAGGGACCAAGGUCUCAUUGGCGAAAAGAUGUAAAAGACUGUGCGCGAGGGACCGUGGGCUAAAAGGCGUCAGAGGCCCCGUGCGCAAGGGUCCAAUGCGGCGGCGGGGCGUGUGCGCAGGCGAGCCGCCCAACUGCACGCCGCCGGCCAUCGACGACUUCCCGCACGACCUGCUGUCGGAGCAGCAGCGGCGCGACGGCGCCGUGGUGCUGCACGUGCUCGUCUCGCUCUACCUCUUCGUGGCGCUCGCCGUCGUCUGCGACCGCUACUUCGUCCCCGCCGUCGAGCGCAUCUGCCAGGCGCUCAACAUGUCCAACGACGUGGCGGGCGCCACGUUCAUGGCGGCGGCCACGUCGGCGCCCGAGCUCUUCGUCAACGUCAUCGGCACCUUCAUCACCGAGGGCGACAUCGGCGUCGGGACCAUCGUCGGCAGCGCCGUCUUCAACAUCCUCGCCGUGGCCGCCUGCUGCGGCAUCGGCGCGGGCAUUAGUUAUUUAUUGGAAAAGAAUGAGAAGGAAUUGGAAAUUAGUCAUAGGUAUUUAUCUCGGAUAAUUUGUGGACUAUUGGCAUUUAUGAUAGCAGCAUUAGUCCAGAUUGGGCAAAAGCUGGCCAUUCCUAGAAUUCAGAGGGAAUGCGUCGCCCCGUCGGCUGGCGCUGGCUGGCCGGGGCCCCUCGCGCCGCCGCAGCUGGCCGCGCCGCGCCGCGCCGCGCUUCGCCUCGAGUGGUCUGACCUUCGCCGAACGCGCCGCCUCCCGGCGCUAUUAGGGCCGUCCAACUGGCGCCAAUUCCAACCAGCCCCGCCAGGAAUCCCGGCGUGGGCGGCCGCUCCGCACCGCUCCGCGUCGCUCCGCGCCGCUCCGCGCCGGCACACGCCCUCGGACGCCGGAAGGGCGGCGACGCGCGCGGACCGCUACUCUCCUCUGUCUACACUAUUACUAAUCCAAAAUAAACACGGAAAUUAA